AUGAAGCGACCAAUCCUCCCUUUCCUGCUGUUACUCUGCUUCCUCCUCGCCGUCACCUUUGCUCAAGAAGCGGAGAUUCUGGAUGAUCAGGCGGAUGUCCGGGUGGUGUCGGCGGACGGCAGGAAAGUGCGACAUGAGCGGGUCAUGGUCAAUGGCGUCGAGGAGGAUGUGCUGGUCGAUGAGGAGGAGGAGAAUGGUGACCACGGAGGAGGAAUGAAGGGACAAGAGGCUGUUUCCUUUCAGGAUAUACAUGGCAAGGGAAGAAGAGGACAGGAAAUGCUGCGAGCCAUCCCGCCGCCCGUUGUCUCGAAACUGGCCCGGUUAGUGCGCAAACCGCAGGGAAUUGUGGGAUCACUGGUCUACUACGCCAAGGAGGCGUUUGUCCUGCUGUUUAUGAGCUCUCCGGUGCACGAUACCCCCUCCUCCUCCUCGAUGGCAUCCACAGAUCUGGCCAAAUCCUCCCCCAUGCUGGCCCAAGCGGUGCAAGUGCUGGAGGAAGGAUGUCAGGAAGGAGACGCUGAUGCCAUGUUCCUGCUGGCCGAACUCAACUUCCACGGCAAUCAUUCCCAUCCGAUCAACUAUGACGAAGCCUUUCGACGAUACCAACAGCUGGCGCAUCUUACGGGCAACAGCACGGCGCAAUACAUGCUCGGCUUCAUCUACGCCACGGGAAUCGCUCCUUCCAUUCCAGCCGAUCAGGCCAAGAGCAUKCUCUACCACACUUUUGCCGCCGAACAGGGCAACACGCGCUCCCAGAUGACGCUCGCCUAUCGGAAGAUCUCGGGCAUCGCCUCUCCGCGUAACUGCGAUGAGGGUGUGGGAUGGUACAAAUCCGUCGCCGACAAGGCUAUUGCUUACUACCGCUCCGGACCACCGGGAGGCCACUCGCUCCAGCGGGAGGCUUAUCGCAUCGCGGAUGAACAUGGAGGCGUCUUUGGCGAAGGUGCCAGUGUUGCUUCCGCUGGACCCAACGCGAGGGUGGGCGGACCCACCAGCGAUGCGUAUGCAGAUGUUGAGGAUGUGUUGGAAUACCUCCAUCUGCAGUCCAACAAAGGCGACCUCAAAUCUACCUUUGGUCUCGCACGUCUCCACUACGACGGCUCCAGAGGAUUGAAGAAGGAUUACAAACUCGCCAAAACAUACUUCCUCGAAGUCGCACGGGAGUACUGGCCGAAUUCAUCCAACAAAGUCCGCAAAGAUGUCUCCGCAGRAACGGAGAAGUUCGCUUCCAAAGCCGCCGGCUACCUGGGCAGAAUGUUCCUCCGAGGCGAAGGCAUGGCACAAUCCUUCCCCAUAGCACAGAAAUGGUUCACUCGGGGGAUCGCCAGUGGGGAUGCUCUCUCGCAGUACAGUCUGGGAUUGAUGCAUCUCAACGGCUUCGGGGUGAAGAAGGAUGUAUUGAAAGCUGCAGACUACUUCGCAGCCGCCGCCGAUCAAGAUCUCGCCGUCGCACAAACCCAGCUGGGAAUCCUUUUUCUCGAUCAGGGCGAUACACUCACCGCGAGCAAGUACUUUGAACUUGCAAUUAGAAAUUCACACAUCGAAGCUCUCUAUUACCUGGCCGAGAUGUUCGAAAAGGGCAUUGGAAGGGAGAGGAACUGUGGUGUCGCCGCUGCUUAUUACAAGAUCGUCGCGGAAAAGGCCGAGGUGGUGUGGUCUUCCCUUGCGGAGGCGACCAACGCGUAUGAGGAUGGAGAUGUACAAAAGGCCGUCGUGGGGUAUCUCAUGGCUGCUGAACAAGGGAGUGAGAACGCGCAAGCCAAUGUCGCAUGGUUACUCGACCAAACCAUCCCCAAGUGGAGCUUCAUGCAUCUGUUGGGGAGGAAGCAGGGAUCGAAGAGGCUCCUCGGUGACUCCAAACUGGAACUCAUCCAUUGGACUCGCUCGGCCAAGCAAAGCAACAUGGACAGUCUGGUCAAGAUGGGGGAUUACUACCUUUCUUCAGGCGGUAAGACGGGGGAGGAACAGGCUGCUAUGUGCUAUCAAGCCGCGGCCGAGGGUCUAUUGAGUGCUCAAGCCAUGUGGAAUUUGGGCUGGAUGUUUGAGAAUGGAGUGGGAAUGGAGAGGGAUUUUCAUCUCGCCAAGAGGUAUUAUGAUCAGGCGUUGGAGACGAAUCCCAAAGAGGCCUAUCUUACUGUCAAGAUUAGUUUGUGGUGGUUGAGGUGGAGGAGUUGGUGGAAUGGCGUGGGACCCGAGUUGGAUUCCGACGAGGGGACGAAGAAGGGACGGAGGGGUUUUUGGGAGUGGGUGGGUGAUUUCCUGGAUGCGGAUGCCGAGAGGUGGUAUGAGGAAGGCGGGGAUGAUUGGGAGGGUGCUGGCGGAGAGGGGGGCAUGCCAGGAGGGGAUUAUGAUUAUGUCGAGGGCGACUUCGAGGGGGAGGUGUUGGAGAUGGUGGUUUUGGGGAGUUUGUUGUGUGCGCUUGGGGGUUUGAUCUGGUAUCGGGAAAUGGUUCGUAGGAGGGCUGCGGAGGAGGCUGCCCAGAGGGGGAAUGGGAAUGAGGGGGUUGGAGAGCAGCCGCAGCAGCAGCAGGGGAAUGGUGAGGGAGGGGAUGGUGGAUUGUUUCCGCAGCCGGGAGAUCCGGCUUGGAAUGAUUGGGUUGCUGGGGGCAUUGGGCAUUGA